AUGAAGUUCAAUACUAAGUGGGAGUUCAAGGAGGCAGUGAGGGAGUUCACUAUACAAGAAGGAAGACGGAUGAAGUUCAGGAAGAACGACGGGAAAAGGGUAAGGGCAGUAUGUAAGGUGAAGGAUUGCAAGUGGGUUGUGUACGCAUCAAGGGACCACGAAGAUGGUUGCUGGAACUGUGAGGCUACAACAUAUUUCAAGACGAAAUACGACUUGUCGCUCAAUAGAAACUCUAUAUCACGGGAACUGUGUGAUGCUAGGAAUAUAGUCUAUGGGGAUGCGAAGGAGCAAUAUGCCAUGCUUAGGGACUAUGGUGAAACACUGUUGAAAAUCAACCUGGGAUCAACUGUUCAGAUAUGCACAAAGCCACAGCCUAAUGGUGAGGUCAUAUUUGAGAGGAUGUAUGUCUGCUUGAGUGGGUGCAAGUCAGGGGGGCAAAUUCUAUCGGCUGUUGGACAAGAUGCUAAUCAUCAUGUCUACGUUAUUGACUGGACAGUUGUGGAAGUGGAGAAUUUUGAGAAUUGGAAGUGGUUUCUAGAGUUGCUACAUGAGGAUCUUGGAGACUACAAGACUCAUGGGUGGAACUUCAUCUCUGAUAUGAAAAAGCUUGGUUUAGUACUUAAGGUGCAGUAUACUACUGUGAGUGAUGAUACCUCUGAUAUAAUUUGGAAGGACCUGGAGCUGAGGGGACUGUUAUGGGAGUGUGCUAGAGCUACAACAUUUCAAGAUUUUAAGGAUUACAUGGAUAGGAUAAAGAGGUUGAAUGAGGAGACAUGGAAGUAUCUUGACAAGUGGCCCAGGGAGGCAUGGACGAGGUCCCAGUUCAUGCACAACCCGAAAUUGGACUCGAUUUGCAACAACGCUUGUGAGGUUUUCAAUUCAAAGAUCAAAGAAGCAAGGGGAAAGCCUAUACUUACUCUUUUAGAAGAGGUGAGGAUGUUUGUUAUGAGGACUAUGGCUAAGAACAAGGUGAAGUUGGACAAUCACCUGGGCUGUUACCACCCGUAA